CAUCUCUAUAUCUCUUUUCACUUGUCUUUUCGCAGCUCUCUCUCUCUCUCCCCCUCCCCCUCCCCCUCUCUCUCAAUAUUUCUGUUUGUUACAAUGUCAAAUUCAAGGCUGUUGGUCGAUGAAGAAGAUGAAGAAGGGAUUGAAUUCGAUAUUCUAAAACGAUCCUCGCUGGAGCUUCAAGAAAACAAGAAUCCGAAGUUGAUAUCACUCGAAGAAAUGAAGGCAACCGAUGAUGAUGGGUUCAAAACUCCAACAUCUUUGGAUCACAAAAUCCCAGUGAUGAAACAAUGCCCGCCCGCACCGAGGAAGCCGAAGCCGCUCCCAUCCAAUAAAAGGAAACCAUCGGCAUCGAGUAGUGGAGCGAACACAUGCAGGAUUUUGCAAAUCGAUUUUUCAAUAGAGGUCGAGUCUUUGCCUCCUAGCCGUCUUCUUGCUGAUAUGCACCGCAACGUCAAGAAAGCUCGAAAAGAAGAUCAUCAAAACAAAAAAUUUUAG